CAUUGUGCUGCAGCACUGCUUGCCCGAGUAAAAACUACAUUAGAUGCAGUAGACUAGCUGGUUAGUAUUGUUGAGAGGCAAUAUGGGUGAAGUUACGUUACAAGUUAACUGGUAUCAUACUCUUCCCCAGGUCGUGAGUCCAUAAGCAUGUCCACAGAUGACACUAUCUCUGAGGAUGUUUCAAGCUUGAGCCACUGCCUUGGCGAUGCCAACGGGGAAGGGGGCAAGGAGAGUGAGUCCUCAGAGGGCACCUCAGCAACCUCGGGUCUGGGGCUUGGGUUGGGGCUAGCCGUGCCGGAGGAAUGCAAAAUCACCUCCAAGACUGCAGGGGGCGCUGUGGAUGGGAGAGCUUAUGACAUGACCCCAGCAUGCAGCCUCCCCCAGAAUAUCAGGAGUCUGUGUCUCAGUACAGAGGAGGCCUUUGUGUCUGGGAAGUGUCUUCCCUUCAUCAACCCCUCCUCCCUGGAGACCCUCAGUGCCCUGGUCCAGGAGAUACAGAGUAGUGGGGAGACUGACCCGGAGAUGUGGAAGGACUGUGAGGGCCGAUGGCUGCAUCUGUUUCAGCUAGUAGAGAAACAAUACCAAGAGCAGAUCUUGGCUCAGCAAGAACAGUACCAGUGCCAAAUACAGCUGAUUCAAGAUGAGAUCAAAGCCUUAGUUCAGCUCCAGAACCGCCAGACCAGCACACAGACGCACCACGAUUACCCAUAUACCCCUACUGCUACCACCAACACACAGACACAUCACGAUUACUCAUCUACUCUGUCUACUGUCACACAGACACACCCAGACUACACCUCUUCCCCUGUUGUUACUACCAAGGACUACCCUUCACCCCCCACUUCCAAACCCAACCACCCCUCAACCUGCACGGACCUUCCCAAUGGGAACUCGCCCCUCUCUGCUCCCCUCACCUCCCUCUUUGUCCCCCAACCCAUUUUGAGCUCCACCUCCCCUCAACCCCCACCCCCCCGGCCAGAGCCGGUCACCCGAGGAGAGAGGUGUGCUUAUGGGGCAGGGACGGUGCUAUGCAGUGGGUACGGGACCCUGUCGGCCUGUGGCACAGUGCUGGAGGGGACAGUGACUCUGGGGGGAGCAGAGGAGACUGGCCAGAUCGAAGAGGAGCCUAGCUGGUCCCUUCACCUCCAGGACGACACAGACAUCACUCUGAUUGGCCAGGAGGGUCAACAGAGGAGCGCCUCGGCCAAUGAGGUGGCUCCUAGACCUAAUCCUAGUCCACCACCUGAGCAGCAGAGAACCUCCAGCCAACCACUGACAUCCUGGGCUCAAAGACAGAGAUGCAGCAAACCCAAGAAGAGCAGGCUAGGGCAGGCCCAACAUCCCCAGGCCUCCCCCUCACCCCUUCAGGCCCCGUACCUGGGCCAGAGCGACCCUCAGUCCUCUUCCCCCCAGGAGCAGCAGCCCAGCUCCAGGAAGAGCCCCAGAGACAGCCCCCUGGACGACACUGACCUCCAGGACCAGCAUGGGUGGGCUGCUCCCUCUACCAACUCCUUCCCUCUGAGGAGGAGUGACAGCCUCAUGUCUGAGGUCUCAGGUCUGACAUACUGGCGUCUGGAUGAGAGUGAACUCUACUGCCCUCUACCUGACAGCUUUGACAGUGGAGCCGACCUCCUGCUGCAGGAGGCCUCUAUCAGUCUGACCUCUCCAGAGGAAGAGAAGCUGUCUCUCAGAGAGAUCUACCACAACAAGCAGAGAACUGAGUCCAAACGCACCAACUGGGACCUCUCUCGCACAUGCAGCCCCACAUCACCACAGGUGUUAACUCUAGAUCCCACUGUUCACCUCCGUCAGUCAGACCGGACCUCCGGCUUCACCUCGCCCUCCCACUUCAGCAGCCCAUCGUACCCCACCCUGCCGCACCUCUACCCCCGCGUUGGCACCCCCUGUACCCCAGUUAGCCCAGCCAGCAUGGCUGAGGGCAGUGCCAACCCCGGGGACACAGACUGCCCCUCCAAUGCCUCUAGCCUCUCUGCCACCGCACCUACCCCAGCCAGGGUAGCCUCUGCUCAGAUAAAACUGGCCCCAUCAUCCCCCUCUACUUCCAAGCCCCUGGUGCUCCCCAGCAGCCAGCAGCGCAAAGCCUUGGCCACUCAGGCCAGCAAGGAGGAGUGGAGCCACACACACACCAGCAACCUGAUGAAACUGGCUGUGUCUGGAAAGCACACGCACUCCCACACACUCUCCCGGGGCAAACCUCGUAUGGAGAAAGCGGCAUCGCUGGAAGACCCUGUGGUCGUCUCUCUGCUGAGAGAGAAUCUGAGGGAGAAACACUGUCGUCAUGUAGCUGAUCUGAAGGCUUACUAUGAGGCGGAGAUCAAACUCCUCAGAGACAAACUGGACCUGAGAGACCUGCCACACGACCUAGAGCAGAGCAACCGCGCACUCAGACAGAGGUGUGCUCAGCAAGAGAGGGCUCUGUCUGAAGCCAGCAGCUGUAUCCAGGAGCUGGAGAACAAGAACUCCAUCCUGGAAAAGCAACUGGCUGACUGGCCGAUGCGCUACGACACAGCCUGCUCCACGGCAACGUCCCUGCAGCAGCGAUUGGACGGAAGCAGGCGGUCAGUCAGAGAGAAGGACGCCUCGGCUGGCCGCCUCAGGACCCGGGUCCGGCAGCUAGAGGAGGCCUUGGAGAACGCCUGCAGAGAAACGGAAGAGAAGGAGGCCAGGAGGGAGAGGGAGUACAAGAUGCUGCAGGACCUUCUGGGGGAGUAUGACUCUCUGAGGAAAGAGCACGAGGGCGUGAAGGACAAUCUGGUGUCUUCAGAGAACCAGUUGUUUGAUGCCAACGAGCAGAUCUCUAGACUAAACAGGGUGAUCUGUAAGAUGGAGAGCCAGGUGAAUCAACUGGAUUAUGUGAACCAGGCCAGGAGUCGCCAGGCCGUCCACAACCACACACAGUCCUCUGGAGCUGGUCUGUACCACCAUCCGGACCUGCUGCUGUCCGCCAGCAAACACCCUCGCCAACCAGAAUCCACAUAUAGGAUAUCUCCUUGCCCUCAAACUGACCAAUCACAUAGCAUCAGGAAGUCUCCUCUUCCUCAAACUGACCAAUCGCAGAGUUACAGGAAGUCUCCCUGUCCUCAAACUGACCAAUCAGGCAACCCGGGACACACUGGCAGCAGAAGGUGUUCGUCCCCUCCAGAGAAUGAGCAGCCCCAGAACCAGGGUGGGGGUAUGAGGGAAGCUCGGGGGCCUCUGACCCCACUGAUGAGGGCCCUGAUAGAGCUUGAGGAGACCAGGACCACUGAGGGCCGGGCCCCCUGUAAGACCAGCCACAGUACCACUGACUCACUUUCACUGGCCUACUGUAAGACACAGUCCUCAUCCCACAGGUUGGGCAGCCGGAGGCCUACUGUUGGCCUUUUAGAGAGAAACCACAGAGAACCACAAACACAGGACCGUGACAGGGCUAUGGAGGAUGUGGCUGGCCUGGAGACGGGAAUGUCCGGGACAGUCAGGGGUGUGCCUCUGCUGAGAGCCCAGAGAAGUCUCUCUCCAGAAGGCCACAGGUCCUCUUCUCUGCCCCCCCGCACCCAGAGGACCACCUUCCCCCCUACUACACCCACUAAGAGGGAGACCCUAAUGAUGCCUCUGUCAGCUAAGUCCAGCCCCAAACGCUGCCCUGCAGAGAACUACUCCACUGCCUUUGGCAACCCACCACCACGACAACAGCUACGCAACAGGUUUGACGUGGCGUUAGACCAGAGACGCCACUCCUUCCACAACUCCAGCCCCAGGAAGAGACUGUUCCCAGAAGCCUCCCAGCGGUCGUCUGGUGGCUCAGUGGAGUCCUCAGGCAGUGUUGUCCCCCAGGAGGGUGUCUUUGGGCUGGGCUGGCAGGAGCAAGAGACUGUGGGGUCAUGCUCAGACCUCCAGGACCCAGGGACAGACCUCCAGACCAGGCUCCACUCCCUGGCCGACGCUGAGAGGAUGUUAGACGAGCUCACUAUGGAGAAACAACAGAUUGAGUCAGCGUUGAGCCGGAUGCCUGGAUCUGGUGGGAGGGUGAGCCUGCAGACCAGGUUAGAUGAGGUGGCCUUAGAGAACCGUCUAGAGAGAGUAAACCGUGACCUGGGUUCCAUCCGCAUGACCCUGAAGAGGUUCCACGUUCUACGCUCCUCUGCCAACAUAUAGCAAUGUUUUUAUUAGAUGACAUCAUAGAGUUUUUCUGGUCAGUUUGCAUGGUCAGGAAAUACUCCUGGUCCAAGCUAUAGAUGACUAGAUAUCAACUCUCCUAGUUAUAGAACUAGUUAUAGUUUUCUGUGCUGUAGAUUGAUACAGAGCCCAUAUUGUUCUCUCUUAACUCUCUGUAUCAUGACCCACAGUCUUUUCUACACAUAUAACUCAGGGAUAUUUUUCUAUGUGUUUGAGAGCUCACUAUUUGUGGAGUAUAUUUUUUUUUUAAAUGCUCAGAUUUGUAAAGUCGUUUACUUUUUUUUUUUUGGAUGUUUAAAAAAUACAAAUAUGAUAUGCUUUGCUUGCCAUAUUCAGGUCAAUUAUGUCGAUUUUUCAAUAUGAAUGGAAGAACCUCCUAAUAUCCAGCAGAGACAUGUACCCAUCUGGAAUGUGCCACUGCCACCUCUGUCUACAUUUUUAUGCAUUGUUUUAAAAUGUUUUAUUCAUCGCACACCGCAUACAAUUGUAUUUAUUACAUUGCAUUUUUAUGUGUUCAUUACAAUGGUGCAUUUAAAAAAAAAAGUUUUUUAUAAAAAUAAUCUUUAUAGCCUACAAUGUUCAAUUCUACAAGUUUUGUAUUACCCAGCUAGUAUUAUAUUCUUCAGUUUCACCAUUACUUGAUAUUUUACAAAAACCUUGUACUGUAGCACAUUUUUAAUUGCUUUCCUUUUUCCAUUUUUAUAUAUAAUUUUUUUAUCUCCUUUGAACAUUUGUUUUGUGUUAAUUCCAUGUAGUGAAGGGAGGGAUUUCACCAGUACCUAACCACCCUCUCUUCUCUCUAUACUCUGGAUCUCAUGCAAAAACCAAACCAGCACACAUUUGAAAUAAUAAACACACACAAGUACACUGCUCCACAAAUUAUUAUAAUGCAUGUUAGUUGCACUGUUUCAGUUUCUUUGGUCAAAUUGUGUUUUAUUAAAAAAUGUUGCAGUUUGCAAUGACUUGAAAUGAACCUCACUGGAACAAAAAAUGCACUGUUUGCUCACAAUAAAUAAUACUUACAUUAUUACAACA